UACCAUUGCGACAGGGGGUUGCAGCGGGUGGAGUGUCACGUUCUAAUGGGAUUGAGAAUGGGUUUUCGGAAAUUUUGAAGAGGUAACAUGAUCAGAUGACCGUGAUGGGUGUGAAUGAGUAUUCAUGUGGGGGUGUAGAUGCGAGCAGCUGAGCUGUUGUUGGUUUCAUGCUCGAUUGUCGAGAAUGUGUCGAACCAGUCUGGCCCCCUCCCAUCGCCGCGGUUCUCUACCAGGACGGCAAUCUAUAUUUGAGCCACUAUUAGGGUGCCGCUAGCCUACUGUAGAAUUUCUGAUAAACACUGAAACCUGUUCAGUCAAUCGUUGAGUUGUAGAGGUUGGGUUGGGCUGGACUGCGAGGUCGCGCCUUCACUGUGGCUCUGCAAGUUCGUGCAACAGUCCGAUGAUGAUUUAAGGAAGCUGUGGAUCUAAAUUCACUGCGCAAACGGGUAUUGAGAUUUACAAAGUGUCAUGUUCUUUUUGUUGGAGUGAAUGGGGGCGUGCCCUUGCUACAUGUAGUGUUUCGAUUCAUUCAAGGUGCGAUGAACGCAGAACUAUUGGCGUGUGCCUAAGUCUUGUCUCGAUGAAAGAGAGCUCGAGACCGAGGAGGCACCCAAGGCGUCCAGUGAAAGUAGCUUGAUCGGAGCGGUUUGCCGGCGAUCAAGGUGUGGUAUUUUGUGGAUAUUCUGAAGGAUUUUUUGUGGAGAAGGUGUUAGUGGAGCGUUUUCUUAUCAAUUUCAGUUGGAAGGUGGGUCCGAAAAGUUAGAUUGUGUACUCCGACAUGCAACAGAUGAAACAAAGACUAAGUCGAGGUUCUUCCGUAACGAGCUAAAGUACUUUCCAAUUAACAGGUAGGGGCUUGCGCUGGCGGCCGGCAACAGUGUGCUAUUGGAAUUAGCAAGCUCCAGAAAGAGCGCGCCAAUUUUAAGGUUGCAGUACUCUUGCGACAAUACUAGGUUCGUCUGGUAGAGGAUCAGACUACCACCUUGGGUUUUGGGAAAUGAGCGACUACAGGAGGGGAUGUGAGAGGAGCCCAAGGAACUGAGAGAGGAUAACGCUUUGGGAUUUUGCACGAUCAGUGGAGAUAGUCGGCCAUGGCACAAAAAACGAUGUGUCUUGCGUUUCUAAUCCUUGGUUAACUCCUGCAGUUCAACAGUCCGCCUUUCUGCAUCGUUGAGCCGCAAUCGGUAGUCGCAGGUUGGUAUUCAAGCAGUGGCUGCCCACGAAGAAUACUACCUGGGAAGUUCAAUAGAUAGUUUGCUGAUUGGAAUUGUAGAUCACAAAUUUUCGAUUACAUUUUCGGAAUCGGCUCCUAAGGUACCCCGCAUGAUACUUGCAGGUGCAUGUACUUUUAGUCUGACAAUGAACUAGCAGAAAGUCAAUGCUUUGUUGGAGCUCCAGUUGCCAUCGAUGGCAUUCUUUGGUGGAAUAAAUGACAUAUCAAAAAUGCUUACAUAGUCAGAAGGUUGGUUGUCCAUUUGGAGCGGUCAAUGAGUGCUCAAUCGAGGGUACUAUGAGGAAAACUGGUCAAAAUGAAGGUCGCAAAUUCGCUACGACUAUGGUCGAAGUGGUUCCUCUUUCUGGAAAUUCUCGCAUCGCUUGCAAUCUUCACCACCUCAGAAAAUAGUCUGAUUCGUCAGCCUGCAUCGCAAAGCAUUUCCUCCAGCUCUAGCGAAGACAGAAAUUCCUGGAGGCCAGAUGUGAAACCCCCUUGGAGGGCGAACGUGAAGCUGAACGGGAACCCCCCACGUUGCGAAGCAUCGCAAAUGAGAUACGACCCCGAGUGUUAUUCGAAACUGGCCAAUCAGUCAGUUGGUUGCGAGUCUGAUCUCGGGGGAGUGGGCUCACUGGACUCGUUUUGUAGGUUGCGAUCUUCCGUCGUCCUUGGAACGACAUCUUUGAUUGUCGGAGCGGGAACACUUGAAAUCGAUCACCAUGUGAGUCUUGCCUGUCCAACGGCAGGAUGCGAAAUCGUUGUGUUACUGUCUGGAAAUCUUAUUUUGGGUCCAGAUUCUUCAAUCAGCGGAGGCAGCUUGACGAUACAAGCUGAGAAUGUUACAGUACUAGAUAGGUCUUCUAUCACAAGCACAGCGUCAGCUGGAGACCCCCCAAUUGGCACUAGCGGUACCCCCUCGAAUACUGAAGGUGCAGGCGGUGGCCAUGGAGGCCGCGGGGCGUCCUGCGAGAGGAGCGAAGACAAAGAUCAACGCGACACUUGGGGCGGGGAUACGUACUCGUGGGAAACACUAACCGCACCGUGGAGCCAUGGCAGCCGGGGCGGCACCACGGAGGAAAGGGACCUGGACCUCGGCGGCGCUGGAGGAGGUCGCAUUGCGAUCACUACUGUAGAAUUGAACCUCAACGGUGUCAUUGAGGCUAACGGCGGUUCCGUUGGAUUACACGGCGGUGGUGGCUCCGGCGGCAGUAUCAUUAUCAGUGCUCGAAACAUUGAUGGGAAAGAUGGGACGAUCUCCGCUUCAGGAGGUUCAGGGCGGGGGGGCGGCGGCGGCGGCCGUGUGGCUGUCCUCUACGAGCGUUUGCAUGGUGUUGACAUUUUCUCCAACGGUGGUGACAGUUUAGCCUGUCCACAAAAUGCUGGUUCUGCAGGCACCCACUUCGACGUAAAGACUCAAUCUCUGAUAAUCUCGAACAACAAUAAGAAAAGUCGGACUGAUACUGUGCUCUAUUCCUUUCCCGUUCGACCUCUCUGGUCGAGCGUCGUUCUUAAAGAAUCGGCCAGAGUUGGAGUUCCUAUGCAGUGGAGUCGGAUUCAGGUGGCAGGAGCAGUGAGGCUAAUGUCGAAUAGUUUGCUCAACUUUGGCACCCAAUUUUCCAGCUCGGAGUUGGAGCUGAUAUCGGGCGACUUUGUUAUGGACAACUCAACCUUGUUGGUGUAUGGAGCAUUGCGAUUGACUGCAAACAUGCUCUCAUUAACCAACUCUUUGAUUGAUAUUGUAGCUGCUCUAGAUGAGUUAACAAUUGCGACUUCAGUCGUGGAGGCAAGCAAUUUGGCAUGUAUACGAGGAGGAUCUACAAUUAGAUCAAACGCAAAUUUGGGGGUGCAUGGGCAGGGUCUCCUGGAAUUACAGGGUGCUAGAGAUUCUAUCAUGGCACAACGUCUGUUCAUCUCCUUGUUCUUCAACGUCAUUAUUGGACCGGGCGCCAGUUUGCGGGCGCCACUAGAAAAUGAUUCUUCCAUUCAAGCCCGGAUUACGAGCAUGUACUGUAAUGAGCCUUUUUGUCCAACUGAGGUGCUAAGCCCUUCCGAGGAUUGCACCUUAAACGUGUUAUCGCCAUUCACUCUCCAGAUUUGUCGAGUUGAAGAUGUGAGUAUUUAUGGCGAGGUAUCAGGGAGUGUUGUGCACAUACAGCGAGCUCGUAAUAUCGCCGUGAACCGUGAGGGCGUCCUCACCGCGUCAGGCUUAGGAUGCGUGGAGGGUUUAGGAGUAGGCAAUGUACGCCAAGGAGGCGCUGGAGGUGGGGGAGGACAUGGGAGUAAUGGGGGUUCCGGAGUCCUGGAUGGGAUGAAAUCAGAGGGAGGAGCUAGCUAUGGCAACAAGGAGAUGCCCUGUGAGCUUGGUAGUGGUGGUGGGAAUCCCGGCGCUGGUAGCUCAACUGCUGGCGGUGGACUUAUAGUUGUAGGGUCAAUGGAGCACCCUGUUUCAAUGCUGGAUGUCUGCGGAGUGGUGGCUGCCGAUGGAGAGAGCUCCACACGCGCUGAUCCCGUGGAAGCCCAACUGGGAGGAGGACCUGGGGGCGGAUCAGGCGGAAGUCUUUUGCUGUUCCUGCAAACCAUGACUUUACGAAACGGGUCAAUUCUAUCGACUGCCGGCGGGCAGGGUGGUGCAGUAGGUGGUGGGGGAGGCGCUGGAGGACGAAUCCACUUUCACUGGGCUGAUAUUCCCACGGGAGAGGACUACGUGCCGAUUGCUACUGUCGAAGGACUUAUUGUUACCGGCGGAGGUGAGGGCAGCAAUGAUGGCCUCAAAGGUGGCGACAGCAACGUCAGUGGGAAGCAGUGUCCUCGUGGUCUGUAUGGCCUUUAUUGUGUGGAAUGCCCUGUCGGAACAUAUAAAAAUGAGACGGGCUCCUCACGUGAGCUCUGCCGGGAGUGCCCUCCUUUGCCCCCUCGUGCUGAACAUGUUUACGUCCGUGGUGGUGCUUCGAAACCAACUUGCCCUUACCAAUGCAUCUCGGAGAAGUACCGGACGCCUCACUGUUACACUAUGCUGGAGGACCUGAUCUACACACUCGGAGGCCCUUACCUGUUCAUCCUCUUCCUGUCCUCCGUGAUGGUCAUUCUGGCUCUUAUGUUGAGCGUAGCGCGUAUGAAACUAGUUGGCAACGACGACUACUCUCGUACCACUGUAACCCCUCGAGGACUCCACGUUGAACAAUCUUUCCCUUUCCUGGAGUCUUUGAAUGAGGUCCUUGAAACCACUCGUGUUGAGGAGUCGCAGCGUCAUGUUCACCGAGUGUACUUCAUGGGGUGCAAUUCAUUCAACGAACCGUGGCAUCUGCCGCACUCUCCUCCAGACCAGAUUGCCGAUUUUGUAUAUGAGGAUGCCUUCAACAGGUUUGUGGAUGAGGUGAAUGGCUUGGCAGCGUAUCAAUGGUGGGAGGGCUCAGUGCACAGUAUUUUAACACUAUUAGCCUACCCGUUCGCCUGGUCGUGGCAGCAAUGGCGUCGCCGGGAGAAGUUGCAGCGGCUGCAGGAAUUUGUACACUCUGAAUACGAUCACGUCUGUCUGCGUUCUUGCCGUUCCCGAGCACUCUACGAAGGGUUGAAGAUGGCAGCCGGACCAGAUCUGAUACUGGCUUAUAUCGAUGUCUUUCUCGGAGGGGAUGAGAAGAAGUUAGCGCCAACACUACAUGAACGGUUGCCAAUGCUGAUGAUAUUUGGCGGCAAUGGGAGUUACCUGUCUGCUUACAACUUUCAUAGCGACAAUCUCCUCACUAAUCUUAUGUCUCAAGCAGUUCCAGCAACCACGUGGUACAGAUUAGCAGCGGGAUUGAACGCACAGCUGAGGACUGUCAGGAAGGGCUCCCUUCGCACCAAUCUGUUCCCAGUCAUCAGUUGGGUCGAAUCGCACGUCAAUCCUUGGCUUUUUGAGCAUGGUUUACGCAUUGACUUGGCUUGGUGUCAAGCCACAGCGUCAGGUUACUACCAACUAGGCAUACUUUUGAGCGAACCCGGUGAUAUUCCGCAAUAUGUCCUGCCUGCCUCACUGCUGAACGUGCCUCCGCGAUCUCCAGGAAGUAUAAGUGCAGGGAGCUUGGGAUGUGUUGAGGAGGGUACGACCAGGCGAACCCAAAGCUGGCAUCAGGGCCGCAGCUAUUCCUUGUUGAGGUAUAGACAACGAAUUGGCGGUUCAACAUUAGACGCUGUAUCGGUGAAAUCACUGGAGGAUCGACAUCACGCGAUGUUUCCGCUGUCGUUCCUCCUCAGGAACACUCGCCCAAUCGGCCAGCAGGCAUCUGUCGGCUUAGCCAUGUCCUUGUUGAUUCUCCUUGAUCUGAGCUUGACUCUUCUCAUGUUGCUGCAAUUCUACUCCGUCAGCGUCGAAGCCGUCCUCCUCAUUCUGUUGUCCCUGCCACUGUCAUCCGUUCUACCCUGCGCUGCUGGUUUGAACGCCUUGUUCAGCCAUGGCUCCAAAAGAUCGGCAGGGCUAGCACGUGUUUUUGCCCUUUGGAACGUCGCCUCUCUUGUAAACGUGCUGAUGGCACUGGCGAUCGGGUUCCUCCAUUACAACGUUGCGCUAAAUCUUCACUCAAAGCACAUACCACGCAGAUACAUCAAUUCAGAGAAAGACACAUGGUGGGUGCUACCGGCUCUUCUUCUGAUAGUGAAGUGUGUCCAAGCACGGACCAUCGAUCUGCACGUCGCCAACCUCGAGGUCCAGGACCGUUCAUUGUAUUCAAGUGACCCCUUGAAAUUCUGGGAGCCUUGAUCGACACUGGACACGCACACAUACAACCAAACAUUAGCUUUACAAAAACAGUAGCCAAAAGAUGGAAGAGGAUUUUGCACCCAGGCCAUCUUGUACACGGCAAAGAUUUUCUCAGCUCACCUGACAGCCACCACCAUGACCUCACAUGGCGGUCCUUCAAAAGAUCUAUCACUUGUAAAGAGCCUGGUUUCUUACUGGGUCUGUUUUUUUGUCGCCGAAACACUGCAACCCAAGUUGCCGUUUCGAUUGGUGAGCAAAUUUCUUUUAAGGUUUAAAAACAUGGAACUCAUGAGAUGCUCACACAGGUUUCGUCACAGGUAGCCAUUGAUUUAGGCCCAUUCGUUUCUCUCCAUGAUCUUAAACAAGCAACGAUUAGUGGGCUUAUGAGAUAUCUGGUGUCGGUAUAGCGUCAUUUUGAAGACUAAUUUGUAAGGUUAUAUCAAAAUCUCUAUUCCAGAAAAGGUAUUGCCUCUCGAUGCUUGUAAUAUUA